AUGCCUGACGUUUUUGUCACUUCUUCGCGACAAAAGCGGAAAGCGGCGGCAGUUUGUGAAAAAUUGGCCAAGUCGCCUGUCGUCAACGAAAAUGCAUCAUCGUCGCCAGAUGUCUCAAACGAUGCCUGUCGUUCGCUAUGCACCAACACUGAUACCUGUUCGCUGCAAUUCUUAUGGGAUACACAACCACCCACACCUCAGCGGCUUUUCGGCAGCCAAGCGGCGGAAAACGGCGGUGAGUGCGCCAGGGGCCGGCACCUGCUGUACGUCCAGUACAAGUUUCGCGCGCCGGAUCUAAUAUUCGACGACGACGAUGACGACACUGACGACUACGCGUUUCACUUGCAGAGACCGGCCCCGUGUCGGUGUGCCAUACUAAAAGGCGGCGUGCCGUAUUUGGGCGUCAGUGCUGGUUCGAAUGUGGCGGCCGUCAACAUUUGCACAACGAACGACAUGCCAAUCAUUCAACCUCUAAAGCUGGAAGGAAUCGGAUUGUUGCCGUUCAAUAUCAACGUUCACUUUGAAAACAGAGGCGACUGCGCCGCAUCUAGACGUAAUGAAUCCCGAGUGGAUCGGCUUCGUGAUUAUUUAGAGCUUUAUGAAGGUGCUCCACCGAUUGUUUGCAUUCGUGACGGGUCCGCGCUUUACGUAGAGGGCACAACUUUGGGUUACGUUGGCGUGUCGUGUGGAAAAUUGUUUCAGCGAGGCGAGGACGAGCCGAUGGACCUUCCCGUGGGCACGGAUUUGAGCUUUUUGUUGAAAAACCGGACCUCACAUUGCACCCGGAUGUGCCUGUCGUGAUGGGUUCAGAAGUCUCAACAGCCAGACAAGCGGAUUUAUUGAAUCCUGACAUUUCUCAUAUUUCAGAAGAAAAAAAAUCUUUCAUCACUUCCCUUCCUGUUUUUCCGACUUCGUGGCCGUUUCGGAAAGUCGCCGAUUUUUCUGCAGCCCUUCCUUAUCAACACUAGAAAUGGCACAGUACGAUAAAAGCGAAAUUGCUGAGUUAUUAUUAUUGUUUUCCUUCGCCGAAUGAAAUAUGCCCAGCAGCAUUGUUUUCGUGAUAUUUUUGUGUAUAUGGGAUCACAUUCUUCCGAAUUGAUCGAGUAUUGUUUUCUCAAAACUGGAGCAAACCAGC